AUGCUAACUAAAAGUCCGAAGCCUGCAUACAAGAGAUUUAUCACGUUUUCUUUGAAGGCUGUAUUGUUAGUCGAAGCUGCAGGAUUAGCUGUCUCCUACGGUCUCUGGCACAAGUUAAAUUCCGAUAGAGAUUUUCGUCUGUAUAUGUACAAAAACUACAACUGGGCGUUAGAGGGUUACUACGGAGUUGGUGAAAAGUUAGCAAACAAUAAAACUAGGGAAUUAGAUCAGGCAGUUUGGAGAAACGAAGGCAAAAUAUAA